AUGUUGAAUAUUAUAUCACAUAACUGUCUCAUAUCACUUUUGAUAUGUCUGUUAGUGGCCAAGCUCUCUAUGGCACAACCAUAUGAAGCUUAUCCAGUCAAUAAACAAUUACCUCCCAUCGCUAGAAUAGAUGAAACUUUUAGUUUCACAAUAUCAAAUGAUACAUACCUCUCAGAAAUAGACAAAAAUGUACAAAUUGUCUAUGACGCGUACAAUCUACCUAGCUGGUUAUCAUUCGAUUCUUCCAGCAGAACUUUUACAGGAACACCCUCCUCGUCAUUUCUGGAAAAUGACGAAUCUACACGUUACUUCAAUUUCACUUUACAAGGUACAGAUCCCGAUGACACCCAGUCUUUGAACGUAACUUAUCAACUCGUAGUUUCCAACCAAUCUAGUGUUGAAAUUGCAAGUAAUUUCAACCUUCUAGCACUUUUGAAAAACUACGGUAAUACCAAUGGUAAAGAUGGGCUAAUUUUAUCACCCUACGAAGUCUUCAACGUUACAUUUGAUAGGUCUACAUUCACAAACGAUACUCUUAUUACGGAAAUUUACGGCCGUUCAUAUCAAUACAAUGCCCCUUUACCAAACUGGCUUUCCUUCGAUGCAACCACUUUGAAAUUCAGCGGUACAGCGCCAGUUGUUAAUUCAGAUAUUGCACCAGAAAUGUAUUAUCCAUUAGUUUUGAUUGCAUCGGAAAUAGAAGGUUAUUCAAGUUGUGAGGUAGAAUUCCAAUUGAUAGUCGGUGGACAUCAACUAACGACUUCCAUUCAAAACACCAUAUUGAUCAACGUCACAGAUUCCGGUUCUUUCGACUAUGAUAUUCCCUUAAACUAUGUUUACUUGGAUGAUGUUGCCAUUAACUCAACUGGGCUGGGCUCCAUUGAGUUGUUGGAUGCUCCGUCCUGGGUUACUUUGAAUAAUACCACUUUAUCUGGUACUAUGGCUAAUGAUUCUUCAACAGGAAAUUUUAGCGUGGCUGUCUAUGACAUAUACGAGGACGUCAUUUACUUAAAUUUUGAGGUUGAAUCAACCAGCGACCUUUUUGCCGUUUCUUCUCUGCCAAACAUCAAUGCAACCAGAGGUGAAUGGUUUGAAUACACUUUUUUACCAUCACAAUUCACAGAUUUCUCUGAUACAAAUGUCAGUAUUACUUUUACAAACACAUCUCAAUCUCACAGUUGGUUGUCUUUUAUGUCAUCAAAUUUAACUAUGCAAGGUGAAACACCUUCAGAUCUCGAGCAACUAAAUGUUGGUCUCAUUGCUAGCAAAGGGUCCAAAAGUCAAGAACUUGAUUUUCAAAUAAUUGGUAUGAACGCUAUUGCCAGUAAAAACAGUACAAAUUCUACUACAAACCAUACGUUAUCCCAUACCUCGGCAAGUAGUUCAACAAUUUCAAGUUCCAAUGGUGCCACUUCCGCUACACGUUCAUCAAGUGCUUCUGCGACAGCUUCUGGUACGGUAUCUGGCAUAUCAACCAAGAAAAAUAACAAAAAGACAAUUGCAAUUGCCUGUGGUGUGGCGAUCCCUGUUGGCGUAAUUAUAAUCUUAAUAAUAUUAAUACUUCUUUGGCGAACUAGGAAACAAAAUAGAAAAGAUGAAGACAAAGAAAAGAAUGUUGCUAAUCCAUCGUUGGGCAAUCCUACAAUAACUCCAGUAAACAAUCCAUUUGAUGACUCUGACACUGAUGACGGUGAAGGCAAAAAUAUUAAUAUGCUAAAUGCCAUCAAAUUAGACGAAUCCUCAUCAUCUGAAUCUGACGCAUCUACCCUCAGGGAAAAGAAGGCAUCCAGUCAAAUAUACAAUGAUCUAUAUUCAGAGGAUAAUAACGAGGCAUUGCUACCCAACUCAGGAGACAGGCAAAAAAGAAACACAGAGUUCACUCUAAGAGAUGGCUCAUCUUCAAUCUAUAUUGAUUCUGAAGCACUAACACGUAAAUCAUGGAGAUUCAAUCCAGAUAAUAAUAUGGACAAAAGAGACAGUUCGUUCUCAUUGAAUACAGUUAGUACAGCUGAAUUUUUGAACACAGAAAUUAAGAACAACCAAGAACUACCAAAGGACCCUAGAAAAUCAUCUUUGGGAUUGAGAGACUCAGUUUUUAUGGACAGAAGUACCAAUGAAAACAAUGUAGUACCUAAUAGAGGUUCAACAGUUAGAAAAGACUCCACAUUAGAGCCUCUCCGAGAGGAACAAGACAAACACAAUUCUGAAUCCAAAACCCCAACAACAGUAUCAACUGAAUCUUUAGAUGAUUUUAUACCGAUAAAGAAAGGUAAUGAAUAUAAAUGGGUUCAAAUCAACGAACCCAAUAGAAGGCCAAGCCAAAAGAGGUUUGUCAGUUUGGAUGAAAACAGUCACAUAGACGUGGGCCAAUCAUUUGACAUUGAAGGUGAAAUACCUGAACGAAUCUAA